GGUUGCCGGGAGGCGGGGCGACUCCACCGCUGGAGAAGUGGCCGCAAGCGGAGGCGAGAGCCAUGGGUCAGGCGGCCAAGGUUUUACAGCUCUUUAAAACAUUGCACAGGACCAGACAACAGGUUUUUAAAAAUGAUGCUAGAGCAUUAGAAGCAGCCCGAAUAAAGAUAAAUGAAGAAUUCAAAUGUAAUAAAACUGAAACUUCUCCUAAGAAAAUAGAAGAGCUAAUAAAAAUAGGUUCUGAUGUUGAAUUGAUACUCAGAACAUCUGUUAUACAAGGUAUUCACACAGACCACAAUACACUGAAAUUGGUCCCUAGGAAAGACCUUCUUAUAGAAAAUGUGCCAUAUUGUGAUGCACCAACUCAGAAGCAGUGACUUUUACUAAAAAAAAAUAAAAUUAAGUCUUUGUCGUUUUUUAAUUUUAAAAUAUACAACUCUAACCAAACUCCUGGAAAUGCAGAUAUUUUCCUCUAAAAUGGCAUAUUGAAAAUGAGUGAAUUAUAGUUUCAUAACUAGCUUUCAUGUUGAAAGGACAUUGCUGAAAACUGUGGAACAUAGUUAAGUAUUUCUAAAGAACAUUAGGUAAGAAGACAUUUCAUUUUCAUUGAAAAUCAAACUGCAUAAAGUGAAAUAUAUGGCUGGGGAGUUAUAUGCACUUCUCUUUGACCUUGAUGAGCAUUUUGGUUUUAUCAUAGCUAUUUGAGAAUGAAGUGUUUUGGCAGCCUGGUGGCUUUUUUCCCACGUGAACGGAAACUAUUAGAUUAAAAUUACUAGAUUAAAUGAAUGUUUAGUCUCCCAAAAGAUUAAAUGGGUCUAAAAGUCACAGUUGUGCCAACACUCCAUAGAAGGUGGCCUUUGUUUCCUAAAAGACUGAAGUUAUUUCAGUAGCUAAGAAAUAACAAUACAGUUUCGUUUUAGAGACAGAGUGUAUCUCUGUGUUCCUAAAAGAAAACUUUGAAUCAGUCUUCUGAAGAUAGAUGAAUAAAAUGUCAAAAUCAUGUAUGAUAAAAGGAAUAAAGAAAUCCUAAUUUCUUAAGGAAAUAGCGGCCCUUGAUCAAACUACAUAAUAUAGGCUUAGUAGAGUUAGCUGCACUUAGACCACAGCUAGACCUUAUUGUGAAAAUAUAAUAUGUGGUACAUCCUCUUCAUUAUAAUCAAUAAGAUCUAAAUAGCUUUUUUUCUUCAAUGUGUUUCUUUCCUGACAAGACUGACAGUAUCACACAGCAGCUUGGCAUCCUACCAUCUGAUGGUAGGAGCUACAGAAUUGUAUUUAAUAUUCUUCUUGUUUCUCUUUUAUCUGUACAUCUUUACCAUUCUGUUUGCUCAGUGAACAGUGUGUUCUCUUCAUUCACUGGUCAGUUCUCCCGUUUGAUGACACAGGGUUUUUAAUUUUUACAAGAUUCUUAAUGCAAAAUGCUUUGUUUGUUGGCAAAAACAUAUUGGUGUAGUCAUACUGAAUAUAAAUGUCAUAUUUUGAAAAUUAUUUAAUUUUAGUAAGUAAAUUGUUGAAAUUAUUUUGACAUAGGAUGCUUAACAGUAAACCAGAGACUACCCUUUAUGUUACCUAAUAAUUUGAAGAUUAGUUAGUAUAUGAAAUGAAUUAUAUAGAAGAUUCAUUACAUAAUUUUUAUCUCUCAUACAUAUUUCUUAUUGUGUGUGUGGAAAUUAAACCUACAUAAAAGUAAAAGUUGCUUCACAUUUGAAAUUUGCCCUUUUAAGAAGAUGCUGAAAGUCUUCUUAUACAAUCACUGAAUUCUCUGACUUACUAUUAUUAUUACCAUUAUUAUCUCUCUAAAUGUAUUUUAUAUAUUGGGGAAAGUUGAAGAAGUUUGAUAUAUAUUUUCAUUGUUCAGUAUUAUUUAACAUUUUUAGAAGUUUCUAUCUAGCUUUUUUCUUUAAUCUGAAUCCCCUUGUUCUGUUCUUCACUCAUGUUAAUUUAAAUAUCUCAUCAAAAAGUAGUUCUUUAUUUUGUAGUUUGCAUUAGGAACAAUAGAGAUUAAUAAUUAACAUGUAAAAUAAAGUAGUCAUUUAAAUGUUUAUUAAAGGUAGUAGCUUAGACAUUUUAAGACAUAUACUAUAUGUGUAUAAUAUAUUCAUCAUAUAUAUGUAUAUACAUUACAUAUGUGUGCAUGUGUGUAUAUACAUGUGUGUAUGCAUUAUGUCUCUGUGCCUUAAGACUCUGCCAUAAAUUUCAUUUGUAAUAGACCAGGAUAUCAACAAUAGGUUUCACUGUCAUGAAAUUUUAGACUUGGCACCCCAUCCUUAAAUAGCAUGUAUUUAUAUUUCAAAUGAAUUUUAACAUUAUUUAAUAGUUUUAUUAGUUCAGUUAAAACAAUUUAUGAGAUUUUGGCCUGUUGUGAAACAAAGAUUUUCCGUACUCUAGAGAGAAAAUUUUGAGAAUGAUGAAUAUCUUAGUGCCUCACUUCUCAGGUACGAUGUCAAAUUUAAUUAAAUCUCUUUUAGUUAGUUUAAAAAAAACUUCCUAUGUUUCCAAAGGGAAUUACCCACAUCUAACAUUUCACUUUGACUGUUGAAACCUAUUGAAAGAAGAUGGUACAAACUCUGAUUGCAGAUAUCUAGACUCAGAGGCCCAGCAGGACUUUGUAAAACAAUCUUUUGGCAAAAGUUAGAAAGGGUGUAUGGCAGGAGAAUCAGAUUUGGCAGGCAUGUGUGAGGAAGAAUCCUUCACUAAAGAUUUGAAGCUAAGGGAAAUACGAGAGAGAGCUUGCAUAACAUUUGGUCCAGAACAUUGAAAUAAAGACUUGAGUCUAAUUGUGUUUAACUUGGUCCUCAUUUUGCCUGCAGUUGCACAUUUUAACAUUAGUACAAUGUCCAAAAAAAUGCAAAGUAAUAAGAAUAGAUAGAAUAACAAUCAUUUCCCUGUAAGCACAAAGCCAUAGAUCAACAAAGAAAUGAAAAUUCUAAUUCUUAAGCAGAAUUUUCUAAAGUGAAAGUAGAUAAAUACAACAUUAAUUUAACUUUACUAUAUAUCAGGAGUAACCUAUGAGAAGUGAAAUGGAAAAAAGAUCCUAUUUAUAAUAGCAAACAAAACUAUAAAAUAAGAAGCAACUUAAAAUAUAUAUAUAGAACUAAAAAAUGAAAGACAAACUCUGUAUUCCUAGAUGGGAUAAUUUGUAGUUGGUGGAUAUCAUUCCCAUACUUAUUUUAUACUUUUAUUAAAUGUGUGUGUAUUUAGAACAAUAUGUAGUUUUGUUCUGUGGCUUUAAAAUGAAAAUGAAUAGUGUUAUGCCUCAUAUAUUCUGCAGCUUACUUUUUACCACACAUUAAGUUUUGAGAUUUAUCUAUAUUGUUGGAUAAGUAUCUAGGUAUUUCAGUUUUAUGUCUUAUUCCAUUGUAACAAUAAGCUAAUUUAUUUAUCUAUGUCUUUUGAUAAGCAAUAGCAUUGUUUCUUUUUUUUUUUUUUUUGAUAUUGCAAACAAAUUUGCUGAAAAUGCUGGCACAUGGAUUCUUGCACCAAUGUAAAAGUUUAUCUGAAUAUAUACCAAGAAGCAGAACUGUUAGGCAUAGUGUAUGUACAUAUUUUAGUCUUCUAGGAAUUUAGUAACUUUACCAAUUGAUUCUCCAAUAACAUGUGUAAGAUUCCUUUUCUCCAUAUCCCCACUGUUGUUAUGUAUGACUUUUCUCGCUUUUGUCAAACUGAUACAUAUGAAAAGGUAUCACAUUGUUUUAAUUUGCAUUUCUGGAUUACUGAUGAGGUGGAUCGUCCUGUCAUGUUUAUGGUCAUUACAGUUUUCCAUUAUGAAUGUGUACUCGUAUCCUUUGUUCACCUUGCUCUGUUGGGCUAUCUGACUUUUCUUACUGCUUCCUUAUAUACUCUUGCUAUUACUCCUGUGUUGGUUAUCUGUGAUGCAACUGCCUUUUUCCAGUAUGUAAUUUUUCUUUGAAUUCUAUGAUAAGCCUGUAGUUUGGGGCUUUAUUUUUAGUGUAUUCCUUUAAAAAAUAUUUUCCUUUAUUAAUUUUGCA